GCCGAGGACACGCGGAUAUGCGUCGUCAUGGUGGGCUUGCCGGCCAGGGGGAAGAGCCUGAUCGCUACCAAGGUGGUCCGAUACCUGCACUGGCUGUCCAUCACGGCGAAGACGUUCAAUGUCGGGCAGUACCGGCGCACGGCGACGCCGACGCCGUCGGCCGACUUCUUCGACACGACGAACCCCGAGGGCGAGCGCCUGCGCCGCGCCGCGGCCGAAGCCGCCGUCAACGACAUGUGCAAGUGGUUCCGCGACGGAAAGGGCCUGGUGGCGAUUCUGGACGCCACCAACAGCUCCAAGACACGGCGCAAGUGGAUACAGGAGCGGUGCCAGGCGGAAAACAUCGAGACGCUGUUUGUCGAGAGCAAGUGCGACGACGAGGACAUUAUCAUGCAGAAUAUUCUCGACGUCAAGACGACGAGCCCGGACUACGCGGGCCAGGACCCCGAGCUCGCCGCCGCGGACUUUCGCAACCGUAUCCGCAACUACGAAAAGGUCUACGAGACGAUUGACGAGACCAAUGAGCGCAAUCUGACCUAUGUCAAGCUCAUUGAUGUUGGCAAGCAGGUCAUCAUCAACCAGAUCAAGGAUUACCUGCAGAGCCGCGUCGUCUACUACCUGAUGAACCUGCACAUCAAGCCGAGGUCUAUCUGGUUAUCGAGGCACGGCGAAUCGCAGUACAACCUGACGGGUCAAAUCGGCGGCGACGCAUCUCUCAGCGACCGAGGCGAGCUGUACGCGCGCAAGCUACCGGAACUCGUUCAGCAAUCCGUAGGCGACGGGCGCAAGCUGACAGUGUGGACAUCGACGCUGAAGCGAACAAUCCAAACGGCACGGUUCCUAGAGUUUGAGAAGCUAGAAUGGAAGGCGCUGGACGAGCUGGACAGCGGCGUGUGCGACGGGCUCACGUACGGGCAAAUCGAGGAAAAGUACCCGGACGACUUUGCGCAGCGCGACGAGGACAAGUACAACUACCGCUACCUGGGCGGCGAGUCGUACCGCGACGUGGUGAUCCGCCUCGAGCCCAUCAUCAUGGAGCUCGAGCGCAGCGAGAACAUUCUCAUCGUCACCCACCAGGCCAUCCUGCGCUGCAUCUACGCCUACUUUAUGAACGUGCCGCAGGAGCGCAGCCCCUGGAUGGAGGUGCCCCUGCAUACCCUUAUCAAGCUCACCCCUAAGGCGUACGCGACCAUGGAGGAGCGCUUGAAGGCCGAUAUCCCCGCUGUCUCGACGUUUAGGGAGAAGGGCAGCCGUGCGAAACAUCAGGAGGCGCAGGAGGCGGCGCAGGAGGCGCAUGACAAGCAGAAGGCGUAGGUCUUGCGUUCGUUUUUUGCUUUACUUUGCUCUGCUUUGCUUGUCUCGAUCGCUUUUCCGUUGCUUUCUUUGCUUGUUCUUUAUCUUUUAACUCUUUUACACACGUUUUGGUCAGAACAUCAGGGUGGGUUGGGACGGGGGG